AUGCAGAAGAAAGAGGGUGACAUCCUGUUAACCGACCUAUGUGCUAUCUGUCAUACGAAUCCGAUCAAAUACACAUGCCCACGAUGCGGAAUCCACACAUGCUCUCUUCCUUGCGUCAAGCGUCACAAGACUUGGGCUCAAUGCUCGGGCGUUCGCAAUCCUGCGGCCUACCGAAAACGGGCAGAUCUGGCUACACCGGCCUCGAUCGACCAGGACUUCAACUUCAUCACUUCCGUGGAGAGAUCCCUGCAACACGCCGACGACAUAGCCCAGGAUAAAGGCAUAGAUUUGACACCUAGCGGUGUUGCACGAGGUGGCCAUGAGUCAAAAAGGAAAUUUGAGACCGAGAUUGAGGAGAGGGGCAUCCAUCUUGUUCGCGCACCAAAAGGACUAUACCGAAACAAACAGAACAAGUCGCAUUGGGCCGGCCAAUAUAAAUGUAUCAUGUGGACGACCGAAUGGCUGUAUUUUGAUGGGAGGAGGAGAGUUCAGAACGUGACGGAGUCGAGAACAGUAGGGGAAGCAUUUGUGAACAUAUUUGGCAAAAACUCCAUUCGCAAGAAGCGCAGACGAAGCGAUGACCAAAGCGCAACCGCGCCUGCCACAAAACCCGACAUACAGCCUUCCUCCGAUCGGGCGGAGGCUCUCGAGAGCUUGAGCGGGCCAGAAAAGAGAGCCAAAACUGCUGAAGCAGAUCACAAAGAAGAGACGGAAUCCCAGCAGCAGCCCGGCUUGGACGAUCCUUCUAUUACAUCUGAACCCGUGCCACAGGGGUCGGAAGCCUCACAACUACUACAGAACCUGCACUUCUACCUACUGAAGUCCAACACCAUCUCCAAACACAAAUGUCUGAUACCCAUCUCUCCCUCGUCAACGAUCAAGGAAGUCCUUCGCGGCAAACCCCUGCUCGAGUUUCCAACCUUCUACGUUAGGGAGGAGGCGCCAGAAGACUUACCCGAGCCAUACAUUACUGAUCAAAAGUACGAGCAGCUCUACGGAUCCGAGGUGGGCCUGGAUCUACCCACAUACGCUUCAGACAGCAAAGGCGAGACUGGAGAGCAGACGUCCCUGGCGGACAUUGAUGAGAAAAGGGUCUUGGAAGUGCUCCAAAAAGACCUUGCAGGAUGA